AAAUGACUGAACACACAAGUCAUGCGAAUCAUAGAUAAAAAAUGUAUUUUCCUAUUAAUAUUGGCGACUAUAUUGUUAGCACUGGUUAUUGAUGUCAUCAGUGGUAGAAAAGAAGUGAAAAAACGAAAACAAGUGAUAGAAGAUGAUAGUCAAAGAUAUAAUGAGGACAACCAAUUGGUUGUACCAAACCGUCGUAAGCACGUAAAGAGUGGCGUAUUCAGCAAUUUUUAUAACAGACAUAUCACCAAAAGCUAUUUAGCCGUACCGUACGAUACCGUUACCGAAUCGAUGAUUGUGACCAAAAACAAAAACAACGACGUCAUGUUGAGGUCAUUUAUCACCAAUGGACUGGUCGAAGGUUCGAUGACAUUCUUCGAUCUGGUUCGUGGUGCUUACAAGAAAUUAUUUACCAAAAGUGAUACAUACGUAAGUAACAGUAGUAGUAGUAGUAGUAGUAGUAAUGGUGGUGACAAAGAUGGUGAUGAUUUGGAAGAUGAAGGGAAAUCAGAUAAAAUGUUACAGAUUGUCGGCGACGGAUCCGUCUAUGAGAUUGUUUAUGUCAACAAAAGCUAUGAUAAUGGAAAGACAUACCAACUCAUUGGUGAUUAUCAGCUUAAGAAUCCGUCCGAUUUUGCCGAUACAUCCAAUGAAAAAAGAAAUUAUACCAAAGGAUGGAAAUGGACUAAUAAUAAACCAACUGAUGAACAAUCAUCGACAAUGUCUUCUGAGCCAUCAUCUGAUAACUAUAGAACAACAGAAGAAUCCACUGGUGAAACCAUCGAAGACAAUAAAAGCGAAGACAAUUCUACCACUACGACCACAGAUGAAAUCGAAAUGGAUUAUCCGUCGAGAAAGGACGGAACCUAUGGUUUUGUCGUACAGUCGACUGACUCGACAUCGGAACUAAAGUUUUUGCGGGUCAGAGGAAGUACUAUCCAAAAUUUUAAGCUAGAAAAUUACCAGUUUAUAUUUAGCAACUAUUCGAUGCCUAUUAGAAAUUUUCAUAUGAAAUUAUCCGAUAAGAUAACAAAUAUUUUUAGAGUACCCGAUGGUGUCUACUAUUUUGUUCGCGAAGAUGUCUGGUGUCAGCGCCCGUUAGACGCAUCAAAACUCUAUUUGGAUCCACCAGAUUAUUGUCCAGAGAGUGGCACUAUUAAAGAUGCAUUCAGUUGCGAAACCAAUAAUUAUGAGGAAGAGGUAAACAAGGUGUGCGAAAAUCCUCUAAUAGAGCACUCGUUUUUAGGGCCAAACAAUAAGACAGUUUGGCUGAUUAGGGGCACAAAUAUUUGGUUACUUAACGACUUUCCAAAGAGAAAAAUCGAUGCCUGGAAAGCAAAACUAUCUAAACAUAAAUCAAUUGCAACCAAAAUAUGGAAAGGAUUUAUACCGGGAAGCGAUGCACUAUUUACUAUCAAAAUUAAAGAUGAAUACAGUUUAGUAAUGUUUCACAAUCAUCGAUAUAAGAUUUGGGAUUUCGAUGGCGGAGAUGUUAAAUAUAAGGGAACUAUUAGUGAGAAACCACUUAAAACCAAGAAAGGAUCUGAUCAACUGUUUACCGAAAAACCAGUAAUAGAUCCAAUAGAUAAAGAUAAAGACGAUGAGAUUCCUGAGGGAACUAUUGUUUAUAAAGAAAAAGAUUUUAUAGAUCUAUGUAAACAUCCAGACAUCGAUUCGGCUGAUUCUAGUCUCGACGGAAACGAUAUAUACCUGUUUAAGGGCAGUCGAUAUUACCUGUUAAGAGGUUUAAAAGAGAAUUACAAAACGGGUAAACUGGUCCGAUCGGGUGACGCCAAAGAUUUGUGGCCAACAUUUGAUACCAACUCAGCGGCCGUUAUGACUUGUAAAGAGGGUCCACAGCGGGGAUAUAUUUUUGAAUACAUAACACUAUUAAAGGACUCGAAAUCUCGUACCCAAUAUAAUAGUUGGGAUUUUGAUCGUAAAAUUUUUGAAAGAAAUAAAACAUUUAUCGAGUGGGAGGCCUACGGAUUUCAGGCGGCCUUUCAUAAUAGAAAUAUUACUAAUCCAAUGAUGAUUGCCCUCAAAAAUGAUGAGGUUUAUUACUAUACGACUCUUGGCGAGACAUUUGCCAAAAAGGAUCGACACAUCAAACAUUACGAUAGUUUGGAAAAGUUGCCGUCGGCAGUGACGGCCGCCUUUUCAAUGCCCAACCAAAUGCUAUAUCUGUUUAAAGGCAAACGCUAUUGUUAUAGAGAGUUAUUUUACGAUAGAAAGCCAUCAUAUUGUCCCGAUUGGGGCCAUAAUCGUGAACUGUUUGGCUGUUUUGGGCCGAAUACAAAUAAGACUACGAAACCGAUGCCAAAAUUGGACAAUGAUUUUGAGGCACUAAUCGAUUUGUGUUCAAAUCUGAAGAUAGACGACGCCGACCGAACCUGGGAACGGGAGGAUCAGAUAUAUGUUUGGAGAGACAAGAAGUACUGGCGAAUUGCCGACUUUCCCAGUAAUCCACGUAUUGUGCAAAGUGGUAAAAUUAUGGAUACGUGGACCGGAUUUAAUCAGAGUCCCGAUGCCGUAUCCAUCCUACAGGAAGGUAAAACUAGGAGAGGUUGGUUGGCUGCCACGUUUGGACCGUCUAUUGCUUUCUGGUAUCCGGAUAAUAACCAAUGGAGAAGAAAAAAAGAGUUUUGGGCACAACCGGCAAAUUCAUUGAAAUUUGGAGCACUAAUGCACAAUGGAGACAUUAGGAACCCCUUGGUCUAUGGUUUUGAUAAAAACCAGGUGCACACCUAUUCCAGUACAAGAACUUUAUUAAACUAUGAGUCGACAGUCAAUGCCGAGGAAGGACCAGAUUAUUGGCCUAAAGACGUGACGGCGGCCUUUCGUAUGGCAGACAAUAUUGUAUAUCUGUUUAGGGGUGAUGUCUAUUGUCGUAGAAGAUGGCUGUGCAGCGAUUCACUGACCUUUUGUUGCGACGAAUGGAAAAGUGCCAGAGAUUUGUUUAAAUGUGAUUCACGUGAAGACAACAAAAUCAACAACAAAAACAACAACAAUGACAAUAACAAUGACAACAACAAUGACAACAACAAUGACAACAACAAUGACAAUAACGACGGCAACAACAACAACAACGACAACAACAAUAAAAACAAGAAUAACAAGAAUAAUGACAAAAACAAUGACAGCAACGACAACAACAAUGACAACAACAAUGACAACAACAACGACAACAACAACGACAACAACGACAAUAAUAAUGACAACAACAAUAAAAACAAUAAUAAAAACAAGAAUAAUGACAACGACGACAACAAUAAUAACAAGAAUAAAAACAAGAAUAACAAGAAUAAUGACAAAAACAAUGACAGAAACGACAACAACAAUGACAACAACGACAACAAUAAUAACAAGAAUAAAAAGAAGAAUAAAUACAAGAAUAACAAGAAUAAUGACAACAACAAUGACAGAAACGACAACAACAAUGACAACAACGACAAUAAUAAUGACAACAACAAUAAAAACAAUAAUAAAAACAAGAAUAAAAACAAGAAUAAAAACAAGAAUAAAAACAAGAAUAAUGACAACGACGACGACAACAACAAUGACAACAAUAAUAACAAGAAUAAAAAGAAGAAUAAAAACAACAAGAAAACGAAGAAUAUUAAAAAACAAAACUAUUCUGAAGAUCGUAUCGAUGAAGUGGUCGAUCCGGGAGAUGAUGAAACACAAGUCAUGGACAACACUGAGAAGGAAGAGGAGGAGGAGAUCACUACGAGAUUACCGAAUCGAAAAAAGUCGAAAAAACGUAAAGAUAAGACAUCCGACCAAAUACUACCCACACCUAAGUCAAAGAAAAGAAGAAGAAGUGAUUUUUGAAUAUAUAUAUAUAUU